AUGGCUGCACCACCACUCUAUCCCGCAUAUCUACCCGUCGGACCGGAAGGAUUCACUCCAGUUCUCGAUCUCCCCGCAUUCGAGGCGGAGGAGGCUGGACUGCGGGCGGAUCCUACGCUCCCAGAUUCUCGAACCCGGACCUAUGGCGGGUUGGAUCAAGUAGCACUGCUGGCAGCCCAGCGAGGCGUGCUUGUAUUUCGAGACCAAGAUUUCGACUAUAUUGGGCCAGACCCACAGAAGGAGAUCGCGAAUCAUUUCGGCCCGUUGCACAAGCAUCCCACAAUGGGGUAUCCCCAAGGCGCGGGUCCAGAGUUCCAAGUGGUGUACGCAGACGAAAAAGCUGGAAACCUCGGCGAUCUUCUGGGUACCUUCACGCCAAAUACCCCCGGGAUUACCUUCUUCUGGGCGCUUGAAACGCCUGCCUCCGGAGGAGGCGACACGGCUUUCUCGUCGUUAACAUUGGCGUAUCAAGCUCUUUCACCUACUUUUCGGGAAGGACUGCAUCGCUUAAACCUCCGGCACACAAGCGCGAGCGUCGGUGAAGUAGCAAGACUGGGUCAGGAGCGCGCUCUCAAAGAGGCCGUUAAGACGGAACAUCCACUUGUUAUAUCCCAUCCCGCCUCGAAAUAG